AUGAGCGAACAAACACCACUGUCGGUGGAGUACCCACCAACACUGCAAGCAGUCGAUUUCUUUGAAAAAAUUAAAGAUGAAUUAUUAAAUGGCCCUCACCACCAAUACAUACGACGGAAUAGAAUUUGUGUAGGAUGCUUUAAACGACAUGUCCGAGAAGCAAACAGAAAAAUGAGUAUGCCAUUGAACCCAUAUUUAUUAAGCAGGGCAAUGAUACCAGUUACGGCGUUCAUUCACGCGGUAAUAAGUCAUCCGAACGCGGAGAGAUCAGUGUGUAUAGAGGUUAGGUUAGAAGUAGGGGAAAUACUAGAGGAUGUUAUUGCUCGACGGAUUAUUUCUGUUGAUCACUUAUUCGAAGAAUAAAAAAAAUAUAUAAAAGCGUAAACAGGAAUAAAAAUAUAUAUAUAAAGAAUUUAAAUAAUUAUAAUGUUUAUGAAUAAUGUAUUUUUAUUCUAGUUCACAGAUCCGUUUCUUCAUAGUGGAUUUCGAGUUCACUAUGAUGAACAAAACCGAAAUAUUAUUGGUAUCCGGCGCCAUUUCAAACAAUUUAAACAAAUAUAAACCAGAGAAACUGGAAGGAAGUCCUCUUGUAUUGACACAAGACAAUAAGUUAAGGAGGUUCCGGCGCCGUGAUCUAAACAAGGUUGUGCAAAGUAUCAAAAGGGUAUUCAGGGAUAAGCCAAGCUUGACCGCACCAUUGUUGGACCAAUUGUAUGGGAGUAUUAACCAUCAGAGGGUGUCAACCUUGACAACUGUUUACCUGCAAAGAUACUUGCACAUAGACAAUAGAGAACCGAUAAUAAUAUUUUGGAACGGAUCUAACAAUAAUAAAAAGAUUAAGGUUACAGGGAAUACUAGCGUAUUUAAAUAUAACCGCAUACAGUGAUAGGAAUAAUAAUGAAUUCAAUUUAAAAUUAACUAACAUAGAAACUAAGGAGGUUUUAUACUCAGGCUACAUAGGAAAAAUUAAUAAAAAUGGGAGAGUGUUAAAUUUAUUAGAGGCACAUGGAUUAGUGUGUGACAUAGAUCACCAUAUUACACACUGUCACCGUCACGAUCCAGUAGCCGAUGUAAUAUUAACAAAAUGUAUAUUUAACUAUGUUGUCCUGAAGAUAAGACCGAUCCAUUUAUAUAAAUUAAGUAGAAACUACAGAAAAAGAUAAAAAAAAAAAAAUAAUAAUAAUAAGUUAAUUCA